AUGGCUGAUAUCGGAGCCGAAACUUGGAUAAUGCAUGGAACGUUGCUGGGAUGGUGGUGGAAUCAAAAAAUCAUGCCCUGGGACACGGAUAUCGAUGUCCAGGUUUCUGAGACGACAAUGUACUUUUUGGCAAAGUACUAUAACAUGACAGAGCAUCGGUUCAACGUUCCCGGCAACCCGGCUGGCCGGACAUUCCUUCUUGAAAUUAACCCCCAUUUCGUGAACCGAACGCCGGAAGAUAAACUAAACGUGAUCGAUGCGCGAUGGAUUGAUACGUCGUCCGGGUUGUUCAUUGAUAUAACGAGCGUGCGAAAAGAUUAUGACGCGCGAAAAAGAGGCCAGCAAGGUGCUCUUAUGUGCAAGGACAGGCACAGAUACAAUGUGGGCCUCAACACCAAGUUGACCUCUUGA